AUGGCGGUGUCAGUCAGAGUUGGAAGGUAUUGAUUCCAUGAGUCAGAUUAAAGGAGAUAUUACUGGAAGAACAUCGAAAGAAAGAUACGAACAGCUGAUCUUGGAGCUUUAGCAGGGUAAGAAUCGCCUUUUUGUUCCAUAAGGUAUCCUCUCACUGAUAAAUCUACAGGAAAUUUUGUUGAUCCGUUAUUAUGAGAUCACUCUCGUGUCUAGAUACCCGGCAGCCGGGAGCUGUUUUCAAAAAACUAGAUACCCGGCAGUCAGAAAUUUUGGCCAAUUUUCUCGAAAUAGCUCGUUUAAUUCCUCUAAGAACAAAAGAUAUUUGUUUAGAAAUCUCAAGCGAUUAUAAAUAUUGCCUUGGGUUAAAAGUAGAAGCGACUGUCGGGCUUGGGCAUAGAGUAAAAUCUCAAUGUUUUCGACACUUAGAAAAUAUUCAAGUUCUGACACACUAGGUCAACUGCCGAUGAGUAUCCACAGAAAUUAUAAACGAAACCUCACCAGAGUAUUUAGUGUUUGCUCAGAAAUUAUUUCCACCUAAAAUGUUUGUGAACUGUUCUUUAUAGUAACUGCAUAUAUAACGUUAACCACCAUUAACCGAGAUGGAUUAGUGUAAAUGUUAAUGUUCAUGAGGAUCAACUCAAUGCACUUCUGGCUUUAAAGGCCUCCACUAGUGAGCUAACAUUUUAGAAAAAAAAAACAGCUUUGUUAUUAUUCAGGUGCAUUCAACGGGAGCCAGAUCAUUUCGGCAUAUGACUCGCUUCCCCCCUUCCUCCAGAUUGAACUGAUUCACCUACAUGUACUGUUCAAGGGAGGGUUUAUCUUGUGAGUUGCCACUAUUGAAAAGUUAUUUCAUGUAAUGUCUAAUGACAUAAGUUGGGAUAACCAAACAUUUCUCGCUUGGUAGGUGGAUUCUUUCAUUAACUUUUUUCAGCUCCAAAUUUUUUAUUUGUUUCUUUAUUUUUUUUUCAUUUCCCAAAGAAUACAGUAUAAAGGGUUGGCGGGGGUUCAGGGGCUGGGGCCUGGAGGUGUCAGUCUUUUGUGAGGGGCAACCUGUAGGGGCUCAGUUGUCCUUGGUUCAGUAUGUUUGUUUAAAAAAACAAUUAAACCCAGCUGAUGCAUUCUUUUAGUAAAAGAUCAAUUUAUUCACAGGAGACAAUUAGUACAUCCUAAUAACUAUUAUUUGUCAACAUGAACACGCAAACUUGCCUACCAUCAUUGUAACUCAUGUACUGCACAACUACUCCUGGUUGUUCAAAAGAUGGAUUAUGUUAUUCACUGGAUUGAGUUUAGUUGCAAUUUGCACUAUCCAUUGGAUAACAUUCUGUCUGGAUGGAUAUGGCAUUAUCCACCUCUUGAACAACUGGUGCCUGCAGUAAACAAUAAUGGAACAUCACACAUGGAAAGAGGGGUGUGUGUUUGAGGUGGUUACACCUGUAUAGUAUAGUAAAUAAUAAUGGAACAAUAUCACAGGUGGAAAGAGAGGUGUGUGUACUUCAGGUGGUUACACCUUGUAUAGUAUAUAAUUGUAUGAAUCCACCUUUUGAACACCCUUCGGUUUCCUUAAAACAUAUCUCCUGGUAGCCUGAAUUUCAUUUUAUUUCUCUGAUUCGUUUUCUCCUCUCAGCAACAUCUGAAUUGACCAGCCGUUAAUGCUGUCCAGUGAUGUCACUACUACCCGAAAACCGGGUAGUGAUUUUGAUUGGUUUAUUGUCUCAACAUUCGCAUAAUUAUGUAUAAUUAUGGGAAAGUUUUGCGGGAUUUUUGCUUGAUAGUCAGCGGAUUGCAUCGAUGGCAUGCUUGCAUGGAGUUCAAACAUCUCAAUAAUCUUUAUCGUAAACAGCAAAAUUGCCCUUGUCUUGGAAACUGAAUUUCUAAAUUGAACUGCGAAUAAGGAAUCAUUGUGGAGAGUCCGUAGGUUUUUCAUUUAGAGCCGCUUUGUGGUUUCCGCAGUGAUUUUGUUAAUGCAAAGUUUCUGAGACCAAUGUCAUGUUGUCAUUCGACCUUCUUGCUAUUUACGGUCAAAUGUAAUGAUUCUGUUAGCUUUUCUUUCUUGUUUCCGUGUUUUCUUUUUUCUUUGUUAAGGACCAAAUAGCAUCUUUUCAAUUAAAGGAAAUUGUUGUGUUGUGGAACUAAGUGUUCCAUCUGCGUAUUUAUUUCAUUGCGUGAUUGUGACCGAGUUUGAAUUACAACAGGUUCAGAGUAUUGCAUACAGUUGAUAGUUUGAACGUUAAAUAUAAAUUGCAAUCAAAAAGGGUAAAGCAAUUCUGUCAGCUGUUCUGUAUCAUGUAGACAUUUGAAAUUAAAUUAAUGAUAUUUCUUGGUUUGCCACUUGAAAAUCGUGUUUUACUUUUUGCAUGAAUUAAAGCAAAGGAGUAUAGUGACAUCACUGGAUGGCAUUAACAGCCGGUCGAUUGAGAUGUUACUGAGGGAGUAAUAAUGACUCAAAGUAAUCGGAUGAAAUUUAGACUAAUCUACUGGAUUGUUGCAUUGAUUUGGUGUAUAACACUAUCAGACAGGUCUUUGAACAACCUUGGCCUACAGCUUGUUACAAGCACUCCACAGCCUUACUGACAUGGGCAACUCUUUGCUGUUUAUUAGUAUGCCUUAUGAUAGUUUUUGCUGAUAAGGAAGCUUGAGGGAACUGUAAGUAACCUAACUCAAUAGCUCUUUUUCACUGCGGAAAAUCCAGGAAAUGAUAUCUUACAAAAAUGUAAAUUAAAAAUAGUUAUCAACAAUAUCAGGUAUUUACUGCCCUCAGUUGGGCUGAAAAUUGCAUUUCAGAGCUUCUUAAUUUCAAAAGGGUCUAUGUGCAAGCAUGCCUUCAGGCACCCAAGAUUGAAAAGGCUGUGCGACCUUACAAUUAAUUUUCAUUCCCCUCUGCCUGUUCCACCAUAUUGGCAGCCACAUAAAUGUACACAUGUAUAAAGCCGGAAACCACAGCAAAGGCACAAACAUGCAGUACAGUCAUUGUUACUUUAAAUCCUAUGAUAUUAUGAAAAUGACUAAAAACUAUCUGCUUUAAUUUUCUGCCACCACCUCUCUCAGACAAAAUAAUUUCCUAAUAAGAGAAAAAAAAAAUCAGCAUCCAUGCAGAUCAACAUACAACUACAACUGAUUUUUUUAUCAAAUCAAUCCAGCUUGUCAGACACUUACUUCUCUCAGUUAACAUGUCAGCCAGACUAUUGAAAGAUGCUUGCCCAUUGUCCUACCCUUGGGUUCGUCUACGUUGCUACCAUUUCUGCAUGUGCAUUUUCAUGAAGCUGUGAAUUGGUUCCCCCAUGUAUAGAUAGCAACAACUCCCUCCCUACAAACUGAGUGAAGAAAAUGUGCCCACAUGGUUAUGAGUGGUAGUCUGAAAUGUCAUCGUCUCUUUGUCAUCACCCCCACCCCUAAAACGGGGAGCCAGGCAAGAGUCUGGCUUUAGUUUAUUGGGAAAUUCAGUCUCCACCCUUGAUUUAGAUCACUCAAGUUCAUGGCCAAUUAAUUAAUAUGAAAAUCUGAGGGAAUUAUAUUAGGAACUAGUUUUAUCACAAGAUGUAAAGCAUUUUAAGUAUAGAGUAGUGAUAUCUUUACUGCAAUUAAUUGCAAUUAAUUAAUUUAUUAUUAAAGAGUUUAACUUAACUUAACUUUAUUAUUACAUAUCACACACUAGGAAAAUACAUGAGAACAACCAAAGUCAGGCACUUAAGGUGGCUCCGUCAGUAAUACUGGAGCUUUUAGCAGUGACAAAUUUUCUCUCUUAACUUUUUCGUUUAUAACAUGAUGGCUGCAAAACUUUGCAAAGAACAACAGAAGUCAUUCGGUAAUAAUGUGAAAUAUUCUGAUUUCAUUGAUGGUAAAUAUUUCUUGAGAAACUACCCCUUAAAAGGACCCUACUGUUCAAAGAAAAUCGCAUCUAGUAAAAAAAUUUGCUGAUAUUUUUUACUGAAAUUUCUGGUAUCGGCUUUUAUUGAAUAUGCCAGAGGAAUUUCAGAAAAAUCGUUGGAGCAGAAGUCCAUAACUAAUAGUCACUCAAAAUUCAGCUGCGAAAUUGUUUUGGAAUUUCAAAAAUAAAUUACUAUCAGGUAGAAGGAGCCAGCAGCUUGAAUUUUCGGGACAAGUAAAUUCUGUGUUUGCUAAUUCUUUAAACAAAAGCCGAUUGCCUAUCGUGUUAUUCUUCAAAAGGUACUUUUCUAGUUUUAAAAGCACUAUAAAGUACUGCAAACCUUGCUCUGAUUUCGAAUGACUUGUUCCUCAACAUUUUCAAAAUAUCCCUUGGCAGUUUUGGCUCAAACUCCUGCUAUUUAUAUUUAUAUUUAAUUAGCUUUGAAGCACAUUUCAGUGUUUGCAUAGAAAAUGUGCUUUACAAAUAAUGGAGAUGAUGAUUAUUAUGUCUUGAUAAUUAUUCUAAUUUAUUAUUAGAAGAUAAAACGACCUCUGCCUAAAUACAACACUGACAGUAGAGAGCCACAUGUUAUCUGAUAAUGUGUGGUCAGCAGUGUGAUUGUACCGUGAAAGCAAUGAUAACCAGAUUCUGCUAAACCUCAAAUGUUCAGAAUUAAAAAAAUUGGUUGAUUUUGUGAUGAAACUCACACCUACAUCAAGUAUUAGGACUAAUUGUUACUACUAGGACAGUCAUUUUAAUUUCUUAUUUUUCCCUUCAUCAGCCAUGGCUGCCUCAUCCAGUCCUCCUGAGACUGUGAAAGCAGAAUGCAGUCUGGACAAUCCAAAGGUUCAUUCUUUUUUCUUAAGUCUUUUUAGAAAUAGCUAUAUUUUAUACCUGUUACACUAUAAUUAUACAGUGUCAUUUCAUGGUCUUUGAAAAGAACUUUAUGAUUAUUUGGUAAUGUGUCCCAAAAAGAAACAUUAAAAGUCACCAGAUGCUGUGUAAAAACUGCUUUCAUAAAGAAAACGGAAAACUACAUGCGAUGGUGUGAUCAUGUCCUUUUGGUGCCUGGGUGUGGUGAAAAUAAGGAAUGCAGUGGACAUUUCAUUUGGGGAAUUUGUUUGUUUGAGUACCAGUAAUAAUAAAAUUUGAAAAUAUUAUAUUGUUGAUAUGCCUAAUUAAUUCCUAUUUUUUUUGUUUUUUUCUAAAGACACUGUAAUAACAACUGUAUGUGUUACUGUGGUGUGAAAUUGGAGUGAAAAUUUGGCUAUUCUAUCCCUAGUUUACAAUUUAUGUACUAACAGUUGACAGUUCCCAAACCUGCUAUGUUUUUCGGUCUUUUAUGUCCUUACUUUUCACUUUUAUUGCUAUUGUUUUUGUAGGCUUGCUAUUCUGAGACCAGUGAUCCAGUGUUGUAUGUUACUCUUCUUGGUGGUGAGUGGGGUUCAUCUGCUGGUGGGUUGUCAACAAUAAACAGAGAGCUUGCUAUUCACCUUUCAAAUCAUUCAGCGGUGAAGGUUUCUUUGCUUGUCCCAGAGGGAGCUUGUAACACUGAAGAAGUAAGAGAAGCAGGUGGCUAUGGAAUCACCAUUGUUGAGGCAAAAGAACGUGCAGCAUAUGAUCGUCUUGAUUGGUUGAGCAUCCCACCCCAGGACCAUUUCAUGGACAUCGUUGUUGGCCACGGUGUAAAACUUGGUAGACAAGUACAAUUCAUUAGAGACUCUGCUCGAUUUCCAAAUUGUAAGUGGGUACAAGUGGUGCAUACUGCUCCAGAGGACCUUAGCAGAUACAAAUGCUACACUGACCCCAUUUCAAAAGGUGAAACAAAACACGAAUCAGAAGUUGAACUUUGCAAACUUGCUGAUCUUGUUGUACCUGUUGGACCCAGACUGAAAGAAGCCUACACGUCAUAUUUACAGCGAUGCAAGACAGCUGAUCGGGACGUUUUGACCAUUACUCCAGGCCUUUUUCAAAGGGAGUUUGGGGAUUUAGUUGCAAAACAAGAUCCUAACGAGGAUGGUGAAUUCAAAGUGUUGUUAUUUGGUCGAGGGGAUGAUGAGGACUUUGAACUCAAAGGAUACAACAUUGCUGCUCAAGCAUUUACUGAUCAACGGCUAAAAAACAAACCUUAUCAUCUAAUCUUUGUUGGAGCACCUGAUGGAAAGCAAGAAGAGAUUAGACAAAAACUUCUUCAGCAUGGUAUUGCAGAAGCACAGUUGACUGUUAGAAAAUUUAUACAAAGUAGAGACAGACUGAAAGAUUUGCUGUGUGAAGCUGACCUUGUAAUAAUGCCAUCAAAAUCCGAGGGAUUUGGUCUUGUUGCACUUGAAGCCUUGUCUGCAGGCCUACCUAUUCUUGUUGGUAGUAAGUCGGGAAUUGCCAAAGCAUUAGAAAAUGUUCCUAAUGGUUAUUCAUGCAUCGUCUCUUUUGAUGAUCCUGCAAAAUGGGCAGAAUCAAUAGAAGCUGUUCGUGUCAGACAUCGAAUGCGCCUUGAAGAGGUUAAAGCACUCAAAGCGUCAUAUGGAGAGAUGUACAGUUGGAAGGAACAAUGCGGAGAGUUUGUGCAGAGAAUGUGGAAAAAGGUCAAUGGUAAGAGGUGCUGUUGUGAAACUCAUAAAACUAGAGUGUAUAAACAUGAAAAAUAUUUACUGAACGCCAUAGACUGUUGCAAGGAAACAGCCAAUUAGGCUUGAGAAAAUGAGAAACUAGUGUGUGGGUUUGACAUUUGCUUGUCGGUUUCUUGAACAAUUUAAUCUCGUACCCAGAUCUCUUGUCAACAAAAAGAUCUGGGUACAAGGUUAUGAACAAUAAUUAUUGUAAAUGGUCGACUGAUUGGUCACUACGCAAUCGAUUUCAUGAAGUAUUUCAGGUGUACUUGUUUUUCUCAGCUCACAAGCAAUUAGUUCUGACAAACUGAUUUUAUAUUUUAGUGUUUUAGCACUGUUAUGGUUAUGUAGUUUUUUACAUGGUGGCUAUAAGGGGCACUGCAGUCUGUAAUUAUGCACCCUUUGAAAUAUAGUGUCAUUUAUUCAUUCAUAGUAAACAUUAAUAGUACUUUUACAACAUAAAGUGAUACAAAUGAAUAGAAUUUUUCAGUCUUUGGUGCUGGGGACUAAAAAGCUAAUUAUUUCUUUGACCAUUCGAGGUACUAAUUGUCUGCAAAUUAAUAAGUAUUAUGCGUGAAUGUUCUGUUAUAGCCUGUUCCAGGCUCUCAGAUAGUGGGGAAGACGCGAAAGUAAAAGGCACGCGAAAAGUUGGCGGGUCAAAAAAGAGGAAAAGGAAGGGAGCCGCCCUUCCUCUCCCCAGUUUCCUCCCGUUUUACUUUCGUCUUCGCGCUUUUGCAAUUCAGCGGGCCCUACUAUUUCGGAGCCUGGAACAAGCUAGUUCUAUUAUGAAAAGUAUAGCUGAUGAAAUACGUAGGCAGUCCACUGUGCAGCGUGAAUCCUAAAGCACUUGCCAUUCAAGCACGCCUAGUGGAUUUUAACUGAGUUUAGAACAACCCUUAACUUUCUCUUGUUAUUAUUAUUAUUAUUAUUAUUAAUUAUUAUUAUUAAUAGAAAUUUGUACCGCGCAGUUUCUGUGAAAAUAUUCAACUGUGCUCUUCAGCAAAAAGGAACUUUCAACUUUGCACCCUCGAAAUAAAAGUAUUGUUGUAACCAAUCAACAGGGUCAUCCGAAAACGGCAACAAACGAAGAAUCAAAGCGGCACUUGUUGCAGAAAGUUUUCUUGGUAAAAGUGCUGAAAAGAAAGAUCCUUUUGCUGCAGGAGGUCAAACUGAAAUAUUUCAGUCUCAAAGUGGGCGUAAGCGUAAAAUUUCCGGACCUUCCUCUUAUCCAGGUAUACAAUUAUGUAAACAUAUUAAUUUUGACAGUUUUGCUUUCUCCUUCUUCUUUCUUGUAGUGCAUGAGCAAAAGGGUAGGGUUUUUUUCAGGUCACAGAAUGGAGGCACCUUUUCCUACACGGAGCAGGUUUUACCGUUUAAGUUUAAGCAGUGAAAAAAUUGAUUUGAGUGAUUGAAACUAACCUACUGUCAUGUUACCCGAAUUAGUGCAGCGUUUUAAUAGGUGUUUUCAUGGCAAGAAAAUAAAAUAUUGCAAGAAGAAUACGUACCUUCUCAGUGUUGCUAUCUUUUACUUUCAGACAUUGUUACCAGGCACUGUUACCAGGACCUGAGUGAUGAACAGGAGAAAAUAAUUCAUGAAAUUCUGACAAGACAAAUACAAGCUUACACAAAAUAUCGUAGAGUUUCAACUCAAGAUGGAGUGUCUGCGCUGUGCGAACAUAUUCAAGAUGCGUACAACUUGGCCUUGAGAUCUGUCGGCGUGGGAUCUCUCGAAAUAAAAUUUCAGUGCACCUCCCUUGAGAGCAUUGAAAGUUUGUGGAGCGAUUAUCAGUCUGGUCACCUUAAUGAUAUUGCUGAGAGAUACCUCGUGACUGAUGACAUAAAGAAGAAGCUGAACUUGAAGAAUGUCAGGUUGGAGACAACUAUUGAAGAAGAAAACUACCGGAUUUGUAAGGAGAUUCUAACGGAAAAAUCAUGUAAGCCUGAACGCUCUUUAUUAGAAACUGACUUCAGUUCAAGCUAAAACAAUUCAACGCUAAAAUCAAAUCGAACCUGAAAAUGCAAUUUGCUUACUGAAGGCCACAAUUUCCAGGUUACCUUUUCUACUUUUUGUCUUGAAACCCUGAUAAAAAAUGCUGUUUUUUUUGUUAUGACCUUUGAUGAGUUUCUACAACAGCUAUCUUAGAUCAAAAGAGAUAGAGUUCAAUUGCAAUGGGCGGAGAUGUCUUGUUAUUACUUUCCUGAAAUUGUUUGCAAUAAAUUGACAGUGAAUGAGAAAUUACUUGACUUACGAUAAAAAUUCACGACAAAGAAGCAUUAAAAAUGGUCUGUUGACAGUGUAUAAUUGCUCUCAGCCGAGCAAGUAAAACAGGUGAAUGUUUGUAGAAGGUUUUCACUUUUUAUGUUGAGUACAGUAAUUUAACCUGCUGCGAUUUUUUAAAAAAAAACAGUACAUUUAUACUAGAUAUAUUUAACAGUGAUUUCUCUUUUUCAGCCGAAUCAAAUCAAGAGACAGCUUCACUACUGAUUGACAAAAGCCCGGAUAAAUGUGAGGUAGGCCGUUUUGUACUUAGGAUUAAAAUUGAAAACAACAGUAGUGUACUAUGUUGUUUUAAUGCCUUGUUGGUGCGUUCCCUUUGCGUUCCGUGUGCUUUUCCUUCUAUUAAGAUGCUUAAGGGUCGAGACCAUGACGUCCCCCAUUAUUAUAACCUAGAGAAAAAGUGCGUUCCUCCAUAUCUAAUGGUCACCUUUCUUGUACAAUAGGAACAAUAGACAUGCCUAGACUUGCCCGGUCUCUUUUAACCCUGAUUGGUUGAUGUAGAAUCUAUUAUGUGUUCGAAAUAAGGCGCGCUCUCCAUUCAGCAUUUUAUUCUUGCAAGUUAAGUUUGCUAGGAAAAAAGUCUUACUAUCACCAAAAUUUUUUAAACAUUGCUUCAAACAUGCAAGUCGAAUCGAGCGCUACACCUUUGUUGAGGGUUGAUGAAGUAGAAAAAGUCCCGCGUUAAAAGAUAGCCAGAUCAGACAUGUGUUCCACCUUACUUAUACGGCUUUGAUUGACAAACUCAUUCAACAAGUCAAGCUGAAUCGCUGCCACGGCUGCUCAAAAAGACAGCAAAAAACGCCAUUUUAAGCGCCUUGUUUCCUGUACGUGCCUGCGAAACGCUUCGAGUUAUCCCUUGCAACAAUUGCUCAUUUUUUUAACAAUGAAGUACAUGAGACAUCUUUAUCCUGUGAGUAUACUUCUUUACGCGGCGUUUGUCAAUAGAUUAUACGAGUUAAUAAGCCCACAUUUGCAUACAAAUUGGCUCUACAGUGAAAGCCCCUUGACUUACUGUUAUAAAAACACAAAAAAAUAAAAAAUAUAUAGGAAUUAUCAAUUGAAACACACGACUAAUAAACGCUCGCAAUAAAUCCAGACACGAGAUACCGUUUUUAAUGGAACAGCGGAGACAGACUAGCUAAGUAAGUGCCAUUCUAAGCAAAGUAAAAAUAAGUGCCAUAAAAUAAAGAUUGAUAUUUUGGAUCCAAAGUUUUUGUCCAACCAACAUGGAUUUCAUUAUCCGGCAUAGCUCCGCGACUCCAUAAUUUAUUCAAUUGGAUCCAACGUUUUAUUGCUGAGAUCCAAAGUUCUUGCUAUGUAUCCAAAGUUAAUACUCCGGAUCCAAUGUCUUUACUCAGGAUCCAAGGUUAUUACCCUGGAUUCAAAGUUAUCACUGCGGAUCCAAAGUUAUUUCCGCGGAUCAAAAGUUAUUACUCCGGAUCCAAAGUUAUUACGCCGGAUCCAAGGUUUUUACUUCAUAUCCAAUCCAAUUUAAAAUGUCGAUACCGGAAUUUGAAGAAGUGAUAUCCAGUUCACCGUUCAACAUGGCGGGUGCUCAAGGUGAGAGGUACAUUUGUAGAAGAGGUACCUUUUCCUUCCUUUUCGUCCCUUAACCUCUUCCACAGGAGCAACCAUCUCCAUAAAGUUCUCUCCAGCUCCAGCUCUCUCUCUUGGUGCAACUUCCAGGUGAUAAGUUUGACUUAUCGCGCGAUAAUUUAAACUUUUCGUUUAUGGCGUGAUGAAUUGACUAAUUGUUGCGCGAUAUUUAAUCAAAAGUAAUUCAAACUUAUCGCGCGAUUUUAUGUUUUAGUUUAUUGCGCGAUAUCUGAAUAAUUAUCGCGCUAUAUUUAAUAAAAAAAAUUGUCGGAUGUCCUCUAUGGAUCACCGUAUUGAUACUUUCGGCUUUUAAAAUAUUGCAGAUCUGAUUGUAAAUGAAUUUUCUUUUUAUUAUCUUAGGACAGGAAGCAGGUCCUUACUCAUAUGGAGAGAGCUGAGAUGGCAAAAGUAAGUUGAUUGAGAUAUGUAUUGUAGUGUGCGCUCGUUGUGCAUUUUACUUGAUGAAAGGUUGGAAAAUACCAAAUUGGUAACUGAGUUUGAUUAUUGUACAAGACGUUACCACUUUGGCACUUUUGACAGGCGGGAGUUUUAUUUUGAGUUGUAGCGUUGCGAACCCUUUCACAGUAGGGCGCCGUGGGGGACGUUUGCUCAAGUCUGAGUUAAUAUCUCCAGUAUUCAUACAGAUAAAGAUAUUAUAGUUUUCCGAAUGACAGACAUUUACUAGUGAAUCCCGGUUACGGUUGUUAUGACAUACGCCACUUCCAAAUUCCCCAUAAUGCACCUUAUUUGCCCCCCCCAAAUUUUGCAUGAGCAUUGUUUCUAUUUCUUUUGAGGCGGCUGUAAUACCAAGGAGCCAGGAGAAAUGAAAAACAAAGGUAAUGCAAAAUUUUGGGGGCCACAUAGGAUGCAUUAUGGGAAAUGUGGAAGUUACGUAUAACAAAUAACCGAGAGGAAGGUUUGUAGACUGAUGCAAUUGGCUUUUAUCAACUGGCGUGAUUCAAAGUGACCCUUUCUUAAUUACUGUCUCGUUACUCGAUAUCUUUUUAAUCAGGCGUCGAGAGGCCCUCUACACAACGCUGCCACCAGUGGACAAUACGAGACCGUCAAAAUGCUUCUUGAAAGUGGUGAAGAUGUGAAUCAAAGAGAUCAGGUUUUAGUCUCCUCCAGUUUAUGUAAUUUUGCGAAGUCUGAAGUUCGACUUCUCGCUUUCUUUUGGCUUGGGGAUUCUUACUUUCUUUUCUAUGUAUCUAGAAAGUAUACACGAGAGUGUCAUAUUACAGCUCACGAUGUUGUAAAUGGUUUCUACCCAAACGUUUUGAUAAAAGAAUAGAUAAUGAAAUGAGAUCUUGCGCUAGUGUUCCUUAAAGGCUACUUUUCACUAGCGAUGGAAUCGGAGUUGUAAUCAGAAUAGAACUUUACGAUCUAGUGAAAUCACCCUUCUGAUUCCGUUUACGACGCCGUCACUUACGAUCAAGUGAAAACUAGGUCGUCGGAGUCACAAGCAGAAGCAGAAGAACUAAGCCAAUCACAAAGAGUGUGAACGUUAUUGUGAUUGGUUUACCCUUCCGCUUCUGCUUCUGACUCCGACAAUGUGGUUUUCAGUUUAUCGUAAGCGACAGAGUUUUUGAAGGAAUCGGAAAAAAAUUCCGAUUCCGUCGUUCUUGAGACUUCGCUUACGAUUCCGAUUACGACUCCGUCGCUAGUGAAAACCAGCCUUGAAUAGUGAUUUAUCCGGUGGAUAAGGCUAUCCACCUUUUCGACAACUGGGCCCAGGACUACAAUUACUCGGGUGAUCGUAAACUGUGAAGUUUUGGAGGAAAUGUUGCUAGAACCAAUUAUGUGCUCAACAUGAAAUGUCUGAGGCUAAGCGCUGUAGAGAAUUUAUUUAGUUGUCGUUUUGUUUGUUUGUUGUAGUUGUUAUCGUUGUUAUUUUUUUACUUUCUUACGAUAGUAACCUGAGGAUGUUCAUGGACGGUGUUUUCCUCAUGAAAAGAAAUCCGGUCUCUGAAUUUAAUAAAAGAAUUGGUCUAGACUAACUACCAAUUUCUGUGAGAAAGUUACCUGCAAACAUUGCAUUUGGGCUCUAAGUUUAUUUUGCAAGUCCAUCGUUAUAACGGGACUAGCUGGCUUCUUUUAACGCUAUCUAACUGCGUUGUUUUUCCUAUUUUUGAUAGUUCUUUCUGACUCCUCUUCAUCUUGCCUGUUGGUAUGGACAGGAGUCAGUUGUUAAACUUUUGUUGAAACAUGGUGCGAACGUCAACGCUGAAGACAGGGUGAGUUAGUAAAUGUUUUAUAAAUCAAACAAUAUAUUGCCGUGAGAACAUGAACGUCUACAGUCAACAUAAUAGACCAAUUCCGGUAUAUUAAAAUUCAUACUUGGCUGCGAGGAUUGGGGGAAUAAAACAAAAGAAAUCAUCUUGAGGCUCAAUAAUGAAUAAUACAUUUCCUUUGUUUUAUUCCCCCAAGCCUCGCAGCCAAGUAUGAAUUUUAAUAUAUCGAAAAUGGUCUAUAUAUACAAUUUGCGAUUUUCUUCCUGUUUCAUCCCGUUUUUUGCCUAUUCCCCCCACUACGGAGCCUGGUUUUACAAUAAAGAUCAAUUUAAAAGAUGGAGGUAUACCCGCAAGAAUACUGGUUCCGGCCACCUUAAUGUAGGUUUCCUUGUGGUUUGUGGUAGUGGCUACCUUAUGUAGACAUGCCGUAAAUGACCCAAUAAACGUUCGGGGCGUCUUUUUAAUUUUAGGGGUUCAAGCAGGGGUGUUUAAGAGAUAGGAGGCGUUGAUUCUCAUAACUGUAACAAGCUCAACAAAUCUUAUAUGCUUUGGGCUAAAAUAUCAAAAGAGUUUUAAAAUAGCGGAAUAUCCACUCCAUCGUUAUUCUAUCCUUACUUCAAAUUUGACAUUGAACAAGAUGAAAUACGCAAAGCCUCGUUUAUCAAGCAAGAAAAUGAAUAGUUUAAAUGAGUUUGCACCUUCUUGCCAAUUCCUAGUGUUUUGGAGUCAUUCUCAUAGGGGUUAUCUAUUAGACAGGGGCUUCUAAUACAAUUUUAAGAUCGUAGAGCCUGACUCGUCCCCAGUCGUCUCUAAUCAUUUUAUCGGCGGUCAUGGAACGGUCUCGGAAGACUAUUACGGCACUUCUGCCCCCGCGCGCGUCUUCCACGCGCAUCCGUCGUUAAUAAUUAAAAUUAGGAGACAAAAGAGACCACUGAGGACAAGUCAGGCGUAGAAGGGGCGUUUAUUUGAUUAGAGGCGCAUACUUGGAAGUGGGCGUUUAUUACGUCAUUUAUGGUACCGUUAGUUAGAAUAUUCUCCUUGGUAAAUGGCAAGUGGUAAGUAAUACAUAUUACCCUACUUGUGAUGUUUUUAGUUUCAACGUACACCUCUGCAAAAAGCUGAACGUCAAAACCACCACUGCAUAGUGCUGUUGCUGCGGAAGAAUGAUGCCAGGCCAAGUCUUCAUCAACCAGUAAGAUAUCAGAUUGUAUGUCGUUCUUGUCAGCCUUGUCUUUCAGUAGAAAUUCUCUUAUAUUUUUUUGUAUUCUUUGUUGCUAACGUGGAACAUUACUGUAGGAUCUAUUGAUUGUCGUAUGAGCUUUAAUCGUAGCUUAUAUCGUGGAGACCUUAUAUUUGUUCUUCGCUACACGAACAUUAUUUUUAUUCCCUCGGUUACCCCCAUCCGGAGAUCACAUUAUAGUGAAUUUACUGUGAGCUUACUGUAAACCAAACCCAUUAAUAGAGGACACCAGCAAAGGUCGCGUAUGUGUCCGGUUAAUACCGGUUUCAUCGUACAUAUUAUUUCUUAGUUAUUAAUGUCUAUGGUUUUGGCGUUUCGUCUUACACACAUGCGCUCUUUAUAAAAUGGUUAUGAUCACACUGAAGCUUAUCUAAUAAUUAUCUAAUCCAGACCUGGUAAGAAAAAAAUAAUAAUAGGGGAACCUUGUAAAAAUGGAAAAAUGCAAUCCUUCCCUAACCUACCCACUAAACAAUGUUGUCCCGCUGAUCAAAUGCAAGUCACCUCGGGAAACAAUAAACACAUCAACAUUGGUUGGGAGGGUGGAGGAAGAUCCGGCAUUAGAGAUAAGGAGAAGUUAGUGAGCCGCAAAAGCACAAACUAAUAACGGUUGCUAAUUUUAGGGGAAAAAAAUCACUUUUCUGCUUUUAAAUGGCUUGCCCUUUUGCCUCUGAUGACGCCAUAUAUUGUAGCGAUGGUAACCAAACACCAUCACAUUUUGUGUAAAAUGUGUAUAUUUGCUGUGGAUCCCCGGUAAUGUAUUAUCUGCAAUAAGAAUAGUUAAAAAGUAAUGCCAAAUGAAUUCCUCUUGAUCAUUUUCGCUCAUAAACAUGAUCAUUUCUAUUACAGGUCAGUCUAAAGAAUCUCUCAAGAAAAGCUUUCGUGCAAGUGGAUGAACGAUCUGGAUUUAAUCUGCUCCAGGCGGCUGUCUUUGAGGAAAAAUACAACAUUGUUUUAGAAGCUAGUGGCUUUUUUUACAACUUUGUUGUAGAGAUGGAACUUACAAAAACGGGAAAAAACGCCAAAGAAUUUGUAGGAAAAACGGCAGUUGACUUCUUGUCACUUAGAAAGAGAACAAACCCAUUUCAUGUUGAUAUCGAAAGGAUUUAUGAAAAGUUGGCUGACGACAACAGCAGACUAACAAAGCUAGAGUGUGAUACAUGCAAUGAUGAUGCGGAAUUAGCAGUUGAACUUGUACUGAAUGACGGUUCAGAUGUUAAUGUCUCAGGAUCAGACAAUGAUUACACAGCUUUGCUGCAGGCGAGUCGUUCAUCCUCAAGUGAGUUUAUUGAGACCCUCAUUGACCUUGGGGCCGACGUAAAUGCCCAAAUGAGAAAAAGCAAAGAAACACCACUCAUUUUAGCAGCUGACUGGAACAACUACAUGGCAGCAAGCUUAAUUGUAAGGCAUGGAGCUGAUGUAAAUGUCCAUAUUAGUAAUGGGUUCACGCCACUGCACGUUUCAGUCAAUAAAGGUCACGAAAACCUCAUGAGAUUGUUACUUAAACACAACGCAAAGGUAGAUAUUCAAAAUACUAAUGGACAUACACCCCUUCACCAGUCAUUCUUAAAAGGUAACGACAACCUCUGUAGACUGUUACUUGAACACAAGGCGUAUGUAAAUAUUCAAGAUAAUCAUGGCUACACACCCUUGCACUGGUGUGCCUUAAAGGGUAACGAAAACCCCUGUAGAUUGUUACUUGAACACAACGCGGAUGUAAAUGUUCACGAUAAUGAUGGAUAUACACCCUUGCACUGGAGUGCCAGAGAAGGUAACGAAAACAUCUGUAGAUUGUUACUUGAACACAACGCGGAUGUAAAUACUCAAGAUGAAGGUGGAUAUACACCCUUGCACUGGUUUGUCUCAAUAGGGAAUGAAAACCUUUGUAGAUUGUUACUUGAACACAACGCGGAUGAAAAUACUCAAGAUAACGAUGGAUAUACACCCUUGCACUGGAGUGCCAGAGAGGGUAACGAAAACAUCUGUAGAUUGUUACUUGAACACAACGCGGAUGUAAAUACUCAAGAUGACUGUGGAUAUACGCCCUUGCACUGGUGUGCCUCAAUAGGGAACGAAAAGCUCUGUAGAUUGUUACUUGAGCACAACGCGGAUGUAAAUACUCAAGAUGAUGGUGGAUAUACACCGUUGCACUGGUGUGCCUCAAUAGGGAAGAACGAAAACCUCUGUGGAUUGUUACUUGAACACAACGCGGAUGUAAAUGCUCAAGAUAAAGGUGGAUCUACACCCUUGCACUGGUGUGCCUCAAUAGGGAAUGAAAAGCUCUGUAGAUUCUUACUUGAACACAACGCGGAUGUAAAUACUCAAGAUGACCGUGGAUAUACACCCUUGCACUGGUGUGCCUCAAUUGGGAACGAAAACCUCUGUAGAUUAUUACUUGAACAUAACGGUGAUGAAAACACUCAAGAUGGAGAUGGAUAUACACUCUUGCACUUGUGUACCUUAGCUGGGAACGAAAACCUCUGUAGAUUGUUACUUGAACGCAACGCGGAUAUAAAUAUUCAAGAUAAUUUUAGACAUACACCCUUGCACUGGUGUGUCAGAGAUAGUAACGAAAGCCUCUGUAGAUUGUUACUUGAACACAACGCGGAUGUAAAUAUUCAAGAUUAUCUUGGAUAUACUCCCUUGCACUGGUGUGCCUUAAAGGAUAACAAAGACCUCUGUAGAUUGUUACUUGAACACAACGCGGAUGUAAAUAUUCAAGAUUAUUUUGGAUAUACACCCUUGAACAUGUGUGCCAAAGAGGGUAAUGAAAACCUCUGUAGAUUGUUACUUGAACACAACGCAGAUGUGAAUACUCUAGAUGAAGAUGGAUAUACACCCUUGCACUGGUGUGCCUUAAGGGGAAGCGAAAACCUCUGCAGAUUGUUACUUGAACGCAACGCGGAUGUAAAUACUCAAGAUGACGGUGGAUAUACACCCUUGCACUGGUGUGCCUUAAAGGGUAACGAAGACCUCUGUAGAUUGUUACUUGAACACAACGCGGAUGUAAAUAUUCAAAAUGAUCGGGGAUAUACACCCUUGAACAUGUGUGCUAAAGAGGGUAACGAAAACCUCUGUAGAUUAUUACUUGAACACAACGCGGAUGUAAAUACCGUAGAUGAAGAUGGAUAUACACCCUUGCACUGA